UAUAUAUAGCUGCACAUAUAUAAUAAGUAUAUUUCAUCUUCACAAAAUUCUCUCCUUCUUCUUCUUCUUUCUCUAGAUAAUGUUUCUUUCUUCUUUUUAAAUUUCUUCCUCCAGCUUCCUAGGUUUCCGCGAUUCUUGAUUCUUGAAAAUUCGCUACCAGAAAAAAUAUAUAUAUUUUUAUCCUCCAUUAUAUUUCUGGUUGUCUAGUUUUCUGAAGUGGAGUGAUGGAAUUCUGUGAGACACUUGAGUUUCUUCUUUUCUUUUAGGAGAAAAAGGGAGAAAAAAAAAAGGUGUGCCUCUCUCGGGUUGAAUAUUAUCAAUUCAAUUUUGGAAUAGGGGAAAAAAAUGGAGGGUGACACAUUUUCUGGGCUUGGCAAUGGCAGCAGCCAGCUUGAUGGCAAGGUUAUGCAGAGUUUUCAGAAAAGUUUUGUGCAAGUUCAGAAUAUAUUGGAUCAGAAUAGGCUGCUGAUCAAUGAGAUUAAUCAAAACCACGAGUCGAAAAUCCCAGAUAAUUUGAGCAGAAAUGUUGGCCUAAUUAGGGAGCUCAACAACAAUAUCAGGAGGGUUGUUGAUCUCUAUUCUGAUCUCUCCACCUCCUUCACCAAAUCAAUGGAUGCUUCGUCUGAAGGCGACUCAAGUGGAGUCGCCUUCAAGUCCGAUGGGAAAGCCGGGCACAAGAGGCAUCGGCCCGGCUCUUGAUUCUUUUACAAGCUGGAGAAACAAGAAUUCUUGUUGCUCUUGAGAGGUAGUAGUAAAAAAAAUGAAAAAGAGAAAAAAGACCAAAAAAUAUGCUUAGUUUGUGUAAGUUUGUAACUCAAUUUCUCACCCACUAGUUUACAUAUUUGCAUCCUAAAUUGCUUACCUACAAUUUGUCAUAGAAGAAAAUAAUAGUGGCACUAAAUCUAUUAUUUGCUCUUGCUUUGUAACUUUCUGUACCUCUGAUCUAAUUGAAUCAAGAAUGUCUCUAUUUUCUGCA